CUUUCUUUUGAAAACAUGUCCUCCACCAACAUCCGAGAAUGGAGGGCGCUGUGCGAGAAAUUUCGCCGAGCGCAAGACCUUUCCGAAAUAGAAUCAAAAAAAGAUCCGGAAAACGACCCUUUCCGCUCUAAAUACAAGGCGAGGGAGCUGCUGAAAGAAAUCUACAGUUCCGUGAAAAACCUUGAUGCGGACGAGAGUGAGGAAGAAGACUCGGAUGGCCAGACAGUGGAUGUGGGCACGGAGGAUGCGGCCCUGAAGGCGUACGCAGGAGACUCUCGGGCUGGACUGAGAGCCGUCAAACUUGGCGUGGUAGACUAUUAUUUAGGCGUCAACCACAUCGAAACCGAGGAGCUCUCCGCCGGAGAGGAGCACCUCACGAACUGCAUGAAAUGCCUGGUGAAGUGCACAGUUACACGGGAGAACGUUUCGCUGCUCAUACAGGCCAGGAAUCAGCUUGGGAUCUUGUGGGCCGGACGAGACGAUACCGAAAAAGCUCAAGGAUUCUUGGAAACAGCUGAAUCAGUUUAUAUCUGUUACAUGAAAGAGGAUGGCCAACCACCACUGGAUUUGGUAGAUUUCUUUGUGACAGAGGAAGAGGCACCAUCCCAGCAAGAGAGAAUGAGGAGAUUUGAAAUGGCCUAUACCCACACCCUUUACUACCUUGCUCAAGUGUAUAAAAAUCUGGGUCAUUUUGAGAGAGCGGGACAGUACUGUCACUGCACUCUGCAGAGGCAGCUGAACUUCAACCAGUUUGUCCCGCUUGAGUGGGCUAUCAAUGCUGCUACGCUGUCACAGUACUACAUCACCAAGACUCGAUACAUGGAGGCUCGACACUGCUUGGCUGCUGCCAGUGUCAUUGCUGGCCUUGCUGGAGAAGUUCCUUCAGAGGCUGCCGCCAAAGAAAGUGAAACUGAGUAUGAAAAACGGGAGCAACUGCGACAGAAAAGAGCUGAAAUUUCCAGAUGCUGGAUCAAAUAUUGCCUUAAUCUCUUACAAGAUGCCAAAAAACUUUUGGAGGACAACAUAGGAGAACUGGACCUAGAUCGACAAGAAGAACUACAGAGAGCUCGGCAGAAUGAAGAGGAAGAAAAAGAGAAGGGAAGAAAGAGUGCAGUCCUCUUUGAUUCCGGUGAUACCUUUGACUCCAUCUGUGGACUGGAAGAGAAGGUGAGCUGCGCUUUCCCGUUGAACUUUGAAGAAGCGCGUGCCAUCUUCUUGGUGGGCCAGGGCCAUGUGAUGCAGGCCAAGGAGUAUUUUGAAAUGGAUGGCCACGUGACUGACCACGUUGAGAUCCUUCAGGAUCACAGCGCCCUCUUCAAGGUGCUGGCCUUCUUCGAGCAGGACCUGGAACGCCGCUGUAAGAUGCACAAACGACGCGUCGACAUGUUGGAGCCCGUCUGCAAGGAUCUGAACGCCCAGUACUACCUUCUCAUCUGCCGACAGCUGCAGUUCGAACUCGCCGAGACCUUCUACGAAAUGAUGGAUCUCAAGCUGGCAGUAGCCGACAAGCAGGACCAGCCAGACUCACACACCAUAAAGAAGUUUAACAACCUCUGCACAGCAUCCAUUAAAUACUAUCAGAUGUUCCUCGACUCCAUCCGAUCCCCAGAGGGCAAGUUCCCUGAGAAGCUGGAGGAUGAUCUGCUACGGCCAGCGCUAGUGGCCAAGUUUCGUGUUGCACGACUGCAGUCCAAGAUCAUCUCUGGCAGCCUGACUACUCAGUUAGAGAACCUCACCCAAUCCCUGGACUCCUACAACUUUGUCGUGCAGUAUUGUGAAGAGCAUCCAGAAGCAAAGAAGGUGGUGGAAACUGAAUUGGAGUUAAGUGAAGAAAUGGUGUCCCUUCUUCCCAUUAAGAUGAACAGAAUAAGAUCCAAAAUGGCCUCCUCUAACAUACAGUGAUGAUGAUGAUCACUUCCUAAAUAUUGCCAUUGGACAGCUGACAAUAAAUAUCUGACGUAUCCCUACCAUAGAUAAGAAUUAAAAAAUUACUGAAAUUACUGAUAGUGUGAACAAUACCAUAACAUCUCAACCUGCCACUGCUUAAGACACCUGUGCUUGUGUGAAUAUGGGACCAGAAUGGCUUAACCAGGCUUUUUGUCCACUGCCUAAUUCCCAUUUUGCGUGAUUCAUAUGCAACUGCAUGACUUGUCUGUCACUAAUUUAUUUUAAGGUACAGUGUCUUCUCAUGCAUGUUACUUUGCUGAAACCAGCAGCAUUAAAUAAAAUGUAAAUUCUAUGUAUUUUACUCACCAUAAAAUAAAAUAUUUGUCCUGUUUUGUUCUGCUUAAUUAAAUGGACCUUUCAAAAAC